AUGUGUGAUUCUGAUAGAGAUGACAUUGAUAGAAUACCUUCCAAAGAUAGAGUAACAAACUGGGAUAUAGCUGGAUUCAUUUUCUCUAUCAUCAGCCACAUAGCUGAUGUCUUCUUUGAUUGUAAUGUUGCAUACAGAUACUAUAUUGCUGAUCAGUUACAUUAUUUCAUAAUCACUAUGGGUUUCAUAAUCAUUCCUGCAAUUAUAAACACAGCAUUCAGUGUGAGAAUGUAUGUUUUGGACCAUGAUAAUGUCAACCGCAGUACAACACUUACAAAAAGGUUUACCAAGAGAAGACUGUGCUGUAUAGUAGUCCUACUAUUCCAAUUAGCUCCUAUUCUGAGAUACUUUGAUGCCUUGCAGUAUGCCUUGAAAUCGAAGAAGGCUGAGAAAAAAAAAGAUGUGGAAAAUCAAAGAAAAUAUUAUGAGUUGAUGGUAAAGGAAGAUUCAGAUGUGGCUUUAUUGAGAGUUUUGGAGUGUUUUUUGGAAGCUGCACCACAACUUAUACUACAGCUCUCUAUUAUUUUUUAUACUCAUGGAAAAGACAUGCAAAACAAUACUUUUACAUUGAUCCAUCAAUUUCUUUCUAUUGGUAGUUCCUUUGUGAGCAUGGCAUGGUCAAUGGCUUCAUAUCAAAGACUGCUCAGGGUAGCUUUGAAAACAAAGAACAAUAUUUCUUGGGCUGGAACCAUUGUGCAGUUCAUGUGGCAUUUUUUAGUCACAGUAACGAGGAUCCAUUGCAUAAGCGCCAUCGCUUGGAAAUUCCCGAUGGAGACCGGCAUGGUCCUCAUAUGCCACUGGUUCAUGAUGAUCAUCUGGCUGGCUUCUGCCUCCAGUGUCUUCUUAUUAUCCAGGAUCCUUUGCAUAAGCGCCAUCGCUUGGAAAUUCCCGAUGGAGACCGUCAUGGUCCUCAUAUGCCACUGGUUCGUGAUGACCAUCUGGCUGGCCAGCACCUCAGCCAAAAACAACUUUUGCGAUCACAACAGCCUCUACGAUUUCCUCUUCUAUUGCAUCCUCGGCGCCGUCUACAUCUUCACGCAUGUGAUUUUAGUCGAGGGGCCGACUUGCUGCAAAUAUCUGAUAUUUUAUAGCGUCCUCUUUGCCGAGAAUACGGUGGCGAAUAUAGUGUGGUCUGUGACAGCAGACGACGCGUUGAGAAAGAUGGUCUACUAUUAG